AUGUCUGACGCUCCUACAAACUCGACAGUUGAGGUUCCCACCUCCCCUAUCAGCGAACGCCGUGACUCGUUGGCGAAAUCUCUUCAGUGCCGCCCGGAUGCACAAGACCUUAAGAAUAGACAUAUACUACUUGAUACCAAAGUAGCUCCCUCUCUCCAAGCAGCCCAGCAGGAACUCGCACGCCAGCAGGCCGCCGAUUCGCUGAAAAGAGGCCUGGAGAAGAGAGCUGACCGUGAUACUCUCGUUGAACGAAACAUCCUUCCUGCUUCCAAUGCUGCUCCGGCUCUCCAAGGCGCUGCCCGCGAACUCGAAAAGCACAUGCGUGCUGACUCGCUUGAGCAAAAGAUCCUACACCGACCAACGCCUGAAGACUUGGUGAAGGCUGGGGUCCUAACUGAGGAGGAGAACCCUAUUAAGGAUUAA